UUCUUCCUUGGUUUCCUCGCUGCUGUUGUUCUUCACAACCGCCCUUUCUUACAGACCAAAACGCAGGCAACCGAUGGCUAAGCAUUCGGGUUCCGACGCCAAAACCAAGAAGAAAGCAAAGAAGAAAGGCAGCAAAAAGUCAGGUCCAGAUGCCAUCUCCAUGAAGCUCAAAGCUGAAAAAUCCAACCCUUUCGAGACCAUCUGGUCCCGCCGCAAGUUCGACAUACUUGGCAAGAAACGCAAGGGGGAAGAACUCCGAAUUGGCCUUUCUCGUUCCCUCGCCAUCCAAAAGAGGAAGAAAACGCUGUUGAAAGAGUACGAGCAAAGUACAAAGUCUUCUGUUUUUGUGGAUAACAGAAUUGGGGAGCAAAAUGAUGAGUUGGGAGAGUUUGAAAAGGGUAUUAUGCGAUCUCAACGUGAGCGUCAGUUGAAAUUUGGCAAGAAGAGCAAGUUCAAUUUAUCAGAUGGAGAAGACGAUGACUUUGAUGCUCCAGGUUUUGGCUCCCUCCCAGAGAGGGAUGAUUUUGAGGAUGAAAUUCUGUCUGAUGACGAUAAUGAUGAUCGAGGAGGAGCAACUAACAAACGAUCAGCCAUCUUAAAGCAACUUAACUCUCAUGGUGCACAGGAUCCGACAGAAAGGGGUUUGGUAGAAGGAGAGGAAAAUAAGCACAAAACCAAGAAGGAAAUAAUGGAGGAGGUUAUUUUGAAGAGCAAGUAUUUCAAGGCACAAAAAGCAAAAGAUAAAGAAGAAAAUGAGCAGUUGAUGGAAGAAUUAGAUAAGAACUUCACAUCUUUAGUGCAGUCCCAGGUAUUAUUGUCUAUGACUGAACCAGGCAAGAUUAAUGCUUUGAAAGCUCUUGUCAACAAGGGUGUUCUGAAUGAGCAUUUGAACAAGGAAGAGUUACCAGUUAGUCAGAGAGAAGAAGCUUAUAAGCAGGAACAACCUGAUUCAUAUGAUAAACUUGUCAAUGAGCUGGUAUUGGAAAUGCGUGCUCGCCCCUCAGACAGGACAAAGACACCUGAGGAGAUUGCCCAAGAGGAGAGGGAGCAACUGGAGCGAUUAGAGGAAGAGCGUCAGAAGAGGAUGUUAGCAACGGAUUACUCUAGUGAUGAAGAUGGUGAAAAUGUUGAGAAAGAUCCUUUACAGAGGCCAAGGGCUAUCUCAGGAGAUGAUCUUGGUGAUUCCUUUGCACUUGAUGAGGAGCCUGGGAGUAAAAAGGGCUGGGUUGAUGAGAUUCUUGAAAAAAAGGAUGAAGACGAGAAUGCUUCUGAAGAUUCAGAAAGUGCUGAAGAUACUGGUGAAGAUGAAGGAUCUGAAGAAGAUGAUGAUGAUGAACAUGAAAAAACUCUAUCUCUGAAGUAUUGGGAGCAGAGUGAUGAUGACAAUCUUGGUACAGAUUUGGAUGAGGAUGAAGAGGAGCAAGAACAUGAUGAUGCCGUUGGUGAUGAAGAAGAUGUGGAGCAAAAAGGUUGUAACAAGUCAAAUAAAACUGAACUUAAGAAAGACGAUGGACAGUAUGUGGAUGCAAAAAAAAUUAAACCAAGCAUUAAACAUACUUCAACGAAAUCAGACAUUCCCUUUAUAUUUGAAGCUCCAAGGAGCUUAGAGGAACUGUCUUCUUUAUUAGAGAAUUGUUCUAAUGGCGACGUUAUUGUGAUUAUCAAUCGAAUUCGGAAAAGCGAUGCAAUUAAGCUUGCUGCAGAAAAUCGGAAGAAAAUGCAAGUAUUUUAUGGUGUUCUCUUGCAAUAUUUUGCUGUGUUAGCGAAUAAGAAGCCCUUGAAUUUUGAGUUAUUGAAUUUGCUCGUCAAGCCGCUAAUGGAAUUAAGUAUGGAGAUCCCAUAUUUCUCUGCAAUAUGUGCUCGUCAACGAAUCUUACGAACUCGCACACAAUUUUGUGAGGCUCUCAAGAACCAAGAAAAUGGAUGUUGGCCCACCUUGAAAACAUUAUUUCUCUUGAGGUUAUGGUCCAUGGUUUUCCCAUGCUCUGACUUUCGUCAUGUAGUCAUGACUCCAGCAAUAUUAUUAAUGUGCGAGUAUCUGAUGCGUUGUCCCAUUACGUCGGGUCGGGAUGUUGCUAUUGGUUCUUUUUUAUGCUCCAUGGUUCUCAUGGUUACCAAACAGUCUCGAAAGUUCUGUCCAGAAGCUAUAAUGUUUCUCCGAACUCUGCUGAUGGCAGCUACGGACCAAAAACUAGCAGCAGAGCAAGACUGUCAGCAGUUUUAUAAUCUUAUGGAGCUGAAAGCACUCAGGCCCCUGUUGCGCGUACAUGAUUGUGUGGAUGAGAUUAAUCCUUUGAAUUUUCUCAUGGUAAUGGAUAUGCCAGAUGACUCCUCAUUUUUCAGCUCUGAUAAUUUCAGGGCUAGUGCGCUGGUGACUGUGAUUGAAACUCUGCGAGGUUUUGUUGAGAUCUAUGAUGGAUUGAAUUCCUUCCCUGAAAUUUUCUUGCCAAUUGCAACGUUGUUACUUGAAGUUUCACAGCAGAAACACAUACCAGAAGCACUGAAAGAUAAAUUUAAUGAUGUUGCUCAACUCAUUAAGCAGAAAGCUGAUGAAGCUCAUAGGCUGCGGAGACCACUUCAGAUACGGAAGCAGAAGCCAGUGCCUAUCAAAUUACUUAAUCCAAAAUUUGAGGAGAACUUUGUUAAAGGUAGAGACUAUGAUCCAGAUCGGGAACAAGCCGAGAGAAGAAAGUUGCAAAAACUCAUAAAACGUGAAGCUAAAGGUGCAGCUCGUGAGCUGCGCAAGGACAAUUAUUUCUUGUAUGAGGUAAAGCAAAAAGACAAGGCAUUACAGGAAAAAGAGAGAGCGGCCAACUAUGGAAGGGCAAUAGCUUUCCUCCAAGAACAGGAACAUGCCUUUAAAUCUGGACAAUUAGGUAAAGGCAGGAAGAGAAGGAGAUGAAGCUAACUUUAUAUGCUAGUGUUCCUUGGAUUUCCUCAUUUUAAAGAUCUGUAAAAUAGAAUUUUGGAUUCUUGGUAGUGUUUUUUAUCCUUUUGGUAGGAUUGGCUUAUAAGCAGUGUUCAUUCAAUAUAUACCCUUAGGAUACUCAUUUAUUUUGUAUUCAUUCCCAUUUCCACAAGGCAAGAACAAGAAGCCCUGAGAAGUAAGCUGAAUGCAAAUUUUGUGCGAACUUGAGAUUGUUCAGUGACCAAUGAAUGACAAGCUAGUCAUGCUUCAUGAA